AUGCCUUCUCUCGUGAUCCAACCUGCCAUGUCAACCUCCAACGACGCGCUCUCCAAGCGCAGACGCUUUCAACCCGUAAUUACAAGCUUCUUCCAAUCUCAACAACCCGAGUCGCACAUCGUCGAUGGAACACCCGUCUCACACAACCACUAUGCUGCCGCAACCUACUCUGCAAUGCCCGUCGUAUCAGAAAAAGUGCAAUCCUCGCUACUCUCGGUCGGAAUGCGGGUCCGCAAGUCGGUGGCAGACGGAUACAAGACCCAACGAUCGCUGAAGCAGGAGAAAUCCAUUCCUCCACCUCUUGCCGUGAAGACCCCAACCGCCGAACUAAACGCAGACAUGUACAGCCACGGCGAACUCGCCCCAUUCUCCGGCAUCUCCAAGUACAACCAAUCCUUCAGUUCCACCUCUGGCCACAUCGUCAACGAUGAUGGGGACGACUAUUCUCUCUCCCACCGAGCAGUCAAGACUCUCCAGAAGCGGAUUUUUGGUUCGGAUGACUUCGCUGCCUGGGAAGAUGAGAGCAACAUUGCUUUUCAUGAUGCCCCUACUGGCCAGCAGCGUCGUCGUAUGCUUGCUUUGCGACAAACUAGCCAGCCAGGCAUGGAUGUGGACGAUUUCGAAGAAGCUUCUUUCCUGCGACCUCUAGAGGAGGCUGACGCUGAUUAUGCGCGGAUGGAUUGGGCUUGA